GCCUCGCAGAAGCCUACAGACCGGAGUUUUUAGUCGCGAGACCCACCGACAAGCGGUUUAUGUGAACUUGAGCGGCAGUGUGCCAUGCUUGGAGUUGUAACAGCCACAGUAAGUAGCCUAUGGAUGCGCCUGGCCCUGUAACAGGCAGGCCUACGCUUUCGGAAACGAAGACGAGCAACCUUUCGAGUCAACACCCUGCAGGCUGUGAGCGCUGACCAGUCGCCCGGCUGGACCGCAGCGCAGAGCAGCGGAACCCUCAUGAGGCCACGGAACCCGGGGCUGCGCAGCGUUCCACGGCUCUGACCACCAUGGGCUCGGUCCAUCUCCAGAACCCCGCCCACCCGGCUGCGCUGCUCCACAAGGCCAAUCAGAUGCGUCUGUCCGGCACGCUGUGCGACGUGGCGAUCGUGGUGGACGGCCGGGAGUUUCGGGCCCACCGCACGGUGCUGGCCUGCACCAGCAAGAUGUUCGAGAUCCUGUUCCACCGCGAGAGCGCGCGGUACACGCUGGACUUCCUGUCGCCCAAGACGUUCGGCCAGAUCCUGGAGUACGCAUACACGUCGACGCUGCAGGCGCGCCUGGAGGACCUGGACGACCUGCUGUACGCCGCCGAGAUCCUGGAGAUGGAGUUCCUGGAGGAGCAGUGCCUGAAGAUCCUGGAGACCGUGCAGACGGCCGCCGAGGCCGACAGCGAGGCCGCCGCCGCUGACCAGGAGCGCCGGAACGCUGGCGGGACCGUCAGGACGAGUGCGCGGACCAGGGAUGCGGCCGGGACGGACAUCGCUGCAGCUGCCCCCCCACCCACCGCCGCCGACGCCAUGAACAGACUGGGUACCAACACCAGCACCUUCCAGAGUUCCUCUGUGCCGGCGUUGUUUGGAGCCUCCGCCCCAAACGCUUACGUUAGCCAAUCACUGUUGAGGGGGGAGGGCCUGAGCUCAGGUUUAGCCAAGGGUCUAAAUUCCGCUCGUCACCAUGGGAAACACCAUCCCAUAACACCGUCAGACAUCAAGACUGAGGACGAGGCCAUGCAAGUGGACAUGGCAGGUGAAGUCCGGGGUAGUCAUGACGACGAGAGCGGUGUCCAUGGCGACAGACCGGGAACGCCAAGCCGAGUGGCGAGAGGAAGUGUCAUCACCAGCGCACGUCACCUUAGCCACUCCCCCGAGGAGGGAUCAGGUGGGGCCGAGGCCGCCAAGGCCGAAUCAGGGUUAAUGGGCGUGGCCUCUUUUUAUGGCAUGCCUCCUGUCACAGCCAAUCACAUUCCACAGUUACAAAUGGGCCCGCCCUUCCACAUGCAGCUGGAUUUUGGACACUAUGGUGGCCUGCUGCCGCCAAACUUCCUGCAGAGGGACUUUCUCAGCAAGCUGGUCGGAAUCACUGCCAGCGAUUGCCGUCGCCGUGACAACAGGUGUGAUGUGUGCGGGGUGGAACUGCCGGACGAGGAGACUCUGGAGCAGCACAGGAAACUUCAUAAUGAGGUCAGAAGUUAUGGAUGUGAAGUCUGUGGCAAAACAUUCCUGGACAGUCUUCGACUGAGAAUGCACAUGUUGUCCCAUACAGCUGGAGAAAAAGCCAUCGUGUGUGACCAGUGUGGAGCUCAGUUCCAGAAAGAAGAGGACUUGGAGACCCACAAACAGAUACACACAGGUUCCGACAUGGCUGUGUUCUGCCUGCUGUGUGGGAAGCGGUUCCAGACGCAGUCAGGCUUGCGGCAGCACACAGAGACGCAUGCCGGCCUGCGUAGCUACGUCUGCACCGACUGCGACUGCACCUUCCCCAGCAACACCGCCCUCAAGAGACACCUGCGCUCACACACAGGUGACCAUCCCUUUGAGUGUGAGUUCUGCGGCAGCUGUUUCCGUGACGACACAACGUUGAAGGGUCAUAAGCGCAUCCACACCGGAGAGAAGCCCUACCAGUGCAACAGCUGCGGCAAGAAGUUCAGCCUGAAGCAUCAGCUGGAGACCCAUUACAGAGUACAUACAGGAGAGAAGCCGUUUGAGUGCAAGCUGUGCCACCAGCGCUCGCGUGACUACUCGGCCAUGAUCAAGCACCUGCGCACGCACAACGGCGCCUCGCCCUACCAGUGCACCAUCUGCCAGGAGUACUGCCCCAGCCUGUCCUCCAUGCAGAAGCACAUGAAGAACCACAAGCCCGAGGACGUGCCCGCCGACUGGCGCAUCGAGAAGACCUACCUGUACCUGUGCUACGUGUGAGCCAGACGGCCCAUCACUCACCCCACAUGGAGAGGGAGGGGUGCGGGGAGUGUGUGUGUGUGUGUGUGUGUCUGUGUGUGUGUGUGUGUGUGUGUCUGUGUGUGUGCGUAUUCAUGUGUGUGUAUGUGUGUGUGUGAGAUGGUAGAGAGCAGACACAGCAGUACCUGUGCUGCGUUUGACACAUGGCGUCUUUGCACCAGCGUCUCAGGACCAGCAGGGGGCGAUAGUGUGGGUUAGGGUGGGCAUUAGCAGAGUGUGUAAGUCAGUUACCUGGAUGGCAUCUGCAGGACUGGCAGAAACACGCACGCACGCACACACACACACACACACACACACACACACACACACACACACACACACACUAUUCUGGCUGUGAGCACUGAAGCCGGUAAGAAUAGAGAGAGGGACAGAGGUAUGGUGGAGGACAAGAGAACGAUGGGAUGAAUAGCGACAAGAAGAAGAAGGGACAAUGAAUAUCUAAAGAUUAUAUUCACAUCACAACACAACACACACACACACACACACACACACACACAGACACACACAGAUAGAGAGAGAGAGGCACGUCAUGUGUUCUGCAGUUUCAGUCAAAACAAACACACAAACACAUAUCUGUACACACACAGCAAGUAGGACAUGAUGAAUUACAUAAUAUUCAUUACAAAUUUAAAUCUAAAGAAAUGCUGUAACAAUUCAGGAGUGUGUGUUUGUGUGUGUGUGUCUGCGUGUGUCUGUCUUUGUGUGUAUCUGUGUCUUUCUGUCUGUGUGUGUUUGUGUGUCUUUCUGUGUGUGUGUGUGUGUGUGUGUGUGUGUGU